CAGGUGUGGCCAUUGCUGCACUCAUUUACGGAUGCACUGGGAGCCGGCGACGACCGACCAGCGUGCAGCUGCUGUAGAUCCUGACCACUUGUCCACGCUCGCUCCGCUGGACCCACCAGGUCACCCAGGACAAGCCCCGCGCCCCCCAGAGCCACACUUCUUGGCUCAGCAUGCAGCAUGGGAUCUGGCACACGGAGUAUGUCCUGGAUGCACGAAUGGCCUCCCCUCCGCCCAUGAGCGACGGCGGCCUGGUCAGUCUGUGGAGCGGACAUCUCACCGGCUCGGAGAGGCCUCAGGCUGUGCCCGCCGGAAGCUGAAAGCGCUCUCCCAACACCAUGAGCUGUCCCCCGCUCUGGCUCUACCCCAAGCACCCGCAGCCUCGCCGGAUCCAAUCUGGGCCCUUCUUGCCGCCAUCCCACUCACAAAUGUCACCUUUCCCAGUCCCGCCGGCCACACCGCCUCCUGCGGGAAGAGCCGAGCCGCCCCAGCCACCGGCGGACCCACACCGGAGGGCUUGCUCCGAUGGCGCCUCUUCUGGGAGGCCUGCUUUGGCCAUCCUGGCACCAGGAACCGUGCCCACGCCACAUGCCUCCGACCAGCCAUCCCAAGGCUCCGUCUGAGGCUUCCAUCCCAGGAUGACAGGUCCCCCCUUUCCACGGGUGAUCUCUUCUUAACUGAGCCGUGUCUUUAUUCUCUGACCUUCCCACUCCACUGCAAGCUCUGUGAGGGCAUUGGUUCUGAUCUGUUUGCUCACUGGUGUAUCUCUGGAAUUGUUAUGGGCACUGAGUGUGGGUUAAACAAAUAGCUACCAAACGAAUAAAAUUUUCAAAUUCUCAAA